AUGUCUCAAGUUUAUGGCGUUGCCCACCUUGCUGUUACUACAGCAUCUGCUCCGUCAGCUGAAGCAGCUAGAACUCGUGCAUUAGCACUCUAUAGAAAAUGGCAAAAAUCUGUUCCUGAAAUGAUGAAGCUUCAUGAGAUCAGUAUACCUUCUUCAGCAAUUCGUGCUAAAAUUCGUGAAGAAUUCGAAAGACAUCGAUAUGUUGAAACACUCGAAGCUCGUGAUAUUUUAUAUGCAAAAGGAGAGAUGGAAUAUCAGGAAGUGAUGAAUGUCUGGAAACAAACAAACCAUAUUAUGAACUACUUUGCUAAAGAUAAUAUGCCACCCAAGCCAACAACCUUUUUAGAAAAGUUUUAUGAAGGAAAUUUUUAA